AUGUUUAGCAUAAAACAAUUGUUAAUCAUAUUACUCCUAUAUUUAAUUAAUUUCUAUCAAUGCUUAGGAAAUGUGAUUUUUUUAACUGAAGAAAGCGGAAAAUAUCAACAACAAAUACAACAACCUUUAGAAUCUUACUACGGUGGUGGUGAUGCUGCUACUUUAGCAGCAAUUCUUGGUGUUGCUACUGUUGGUAAUGAUAAGUAUGCUGCAUAUUAUCCUGUGGAAUCAUAUGAUGUUGAUUAUGAUGAUUAUGGUUUGAAUAGUGGUGUAGGUGAAGCUAUCACAUCUACGGACUAUCUUCCACCAGUUGAAUAUCAAGCUUAUAGCAAUGAUGGUAAUUUAUACUAUGUACCAGUUGUAUAUGGCAGUCAAUAUAGCGAUUAUGUGAAUGAAGAUAAUGAUUAUGAAGAUUAUACACCACAAGUAUACCAAACAGUACAAUCAGAAUAUUAUCCAUAUCAAGGAGAAGAAUCCUACACACCAGAAAGAUACGAGAUUGUGAAUUCUGGACAGGAAGAAUAUACACCUGAAGUAUACUUGGCUGGAAAUUCUGAGUAUUAUCAAGUAUACUUGGCUGAAAAUUCUGAGUAUUAUACAUAUCCACAAGAAGAAUUAUACACACCAGAAAGAUAUGAGGUUGUGAAUUCCGAGCAGGAAGAAUAUACACCAGAAGUACACUUGGCUGGAAAUUCUGAGUAUUAUACGUAUCCAAAUCACAGAGAAGAAUCCUAUACACCAGAAGUAUACAAAACUGUAUAUCCUAAGAAUUAUCCAAUACGCAAACAUGAGAAAUAUACACCCCCUGAAUAUGAAGUUGAAAAUGUUGAAUAUUAUCCAAAACACAAACAUGAAGAAUAUAAACCAGAAGUGUAUGUCGAUGAAGAUGAUAAAUAUCACUUGAGACACAGACCUGAAGAAUACAAUUCAGAGGUAUACAGAAGAAGAAACAACAUUCCUCACCACAGACCAGAUGAACAUGAGAAGGAUAAACCAGAGGUGUAUGAAACUGAACGCGUUGAAUAUUAUCCAAAACAUGAUCAUAAAAUCCACAAACCAGAGGUAUAUGAAGACAAAUCUUUCGAAUAUCACCCAAGUCAUCAUCAUGAAAAGUAUGUACCAAAAGUAUAUGAAACUAAACACAUUAAACAUUACCCAAAUCAUGAACACAAAGGCCAUAGACGAGAGGUAUAUGAAACUAAGACCAAUGACUAUUAUCCCAAACAUGAAUAUGAUAAUUAUAAACCAAAGGUAUAUGAAGCUAAAGUCACAGAGUACUAUCCACGCUAUGAACAUGACAAGUACAAACAAAGUGUUGCAGACAAACACACUAUACAUCAUAAACCUAUAAACCUACGUAGUAGUCUAGGCAAACCCCUAAACUAUAAAAAUUAUUAUGAACAUGAAGCACAACCAGAUUAUAAUUACGCUGAAUACCAUCAUAAGCCCGCUGAAAAGGAACCAUAUCAAAAUGAAAAUCAUCAACCAGAUUACUCCAACUUACCAAUAGCCUCGAAUAAACAUCAAAAGUAUGUACCACAUAAAGUAGGCGAUUUGCAUGAUUAUGUACCCAUAGAUGAUAAACUCUAUGUGAUUCAUCCAAAAAGUUUAAACAACGAAGAAUAUACAGUGGAAACAGUCACUGCUAAGCCUAAUGAUUAUCUCCAUCAACCAUCGAUAAGGUAUACAGCACAGAAAAAAGAAAAUGGUUACUUCAAAAAUAUCUAUCCAAAGAUGUCUGCACGUUAUCAAGCCUAUACACAAUCAUCACAGAAUGACAAAAAGCCGCAUUAUCCAUCUUCUAAAUCUACACAGCACUACUAUCCUCAGCAGAAUAAACCUGUCGCCUACAGUGUUGUUAACAAGUAUCAAGUGAAAUCGAAACCAUUGGAGAGGUACUAUGGAUCUUUCUCACCAAAAAGUCUAUUUCAAUUCGGUGAUGCAGAAAAAUCUAAAGAUUAUCUAGAAGUUAUUUCAUAUCAUCAUAGUGCACAUCAAGGACCAAAAGGUAAAAUUAAAAAUUAUUCACAUUAUGAUAUUUAUGGUCGAUUAAUUGUUCAAGGUAAGACAAUAUUUGAUAAAAAACCCGGAUCGAAACACAAAGCUCACAAUUAUCCAUAUAAUCAUCAUAAUAAUAACAAUAAAAAUGUUUAUAUCCCACAAUAUAAUAAUAAUCAAGAUUUAAAUAAGAAAUAUAUAAAUCACUAUGCCUAUACAAAAGGCGGAGUACACAAGUAG